UGACUUUGAAGUAUCCAUUAUAUAUGGUACGUAAGUUUACGUACUGAAUAGUUUCAAGUGUAAGAAGAAUCAAAGAGGUGCUCAGCGUCUGUGUACACAAAAGUUUGUUGACGAAAUCAUUUAAUUUAUUAAAUUAAAAUUACUGGAAAUCCGAUUGAAGAAAGUUCAUCAGCUCAAACGAUUUGAAACAUGUCUCUGGCACCGGUUGAUGUGAUGGAAGAGGAUGCAGCGGAUCUUCAAUUUCCGAAAGAAUCAGAUAUCCUAUCCGUAAAUGCUGGUGACUUCACACAACAAAGAGUCCAACAUUAUCGGCCCCAAUACUACGGUCAAUCAAAUUUAUUUAACUGCAACGUCUGCAAAGCCGUCGUUCAGGAGCCAUACAUAAAAUGUGCCGAAUGCAAAAACGGAAUAUUCUGCAUGCAGUGUUUUUCACAAGGUGCUGAAUCAUCAGAACACAGAAAUUCACACGACUACAUCAUACGCCAUGAUUCAGUUCGUGUAUUUCCCUAUACUAAUUGGUCGGCACGAGACGAAAAAAAAUUCAUCGAUUUGAUGUUGGUGAACGGUUUCGGCAAUUGGGAUGGAAUAGCAAAAGAAAUGAACACCAAAACGUCGGAUGAAUGUCGCGACCAUUAUAUGUCGUACUAUCUUGACGGUAUUGUCGGAAAAAUGGUCGGCUUGGUGAAGGAUCCGUAUCAGCCGCUAACUGUUCCAUAUUUGUAUAAAAUCAAUAGUGUCGAACCGCCUCGUCACGACCUUGAAUCUCACAAUUUUAAGGAAAUGGCUGGAUAUCGAUGUGCUCGUGGUGACUUUGAUACGCCGUAUGAUAAUUCGGCUGAAACUAUCAUUAGCAAUUUAGAUCUGAAGAAUUGGAAUAAAUGUGAUGAGGAUGUUAGUGAAGCACUUAACUGUGCGAUGUUCAAUGUCUACAAUAAUCGGCUGAGGGAACGCAGACGUCGGUAUAAAAUUAUUAAAGAGCAUGGUCUGCUGGUCGCUAAUCGUACACUCAGCUGGUUGUCUAAAUAUUCCGAAGCAUUAGGCUCGAAUCAAAGUUCGAAUGGAAAGACUAAUACCAGCGGCCGAUUUAUAGCUUUCAUGCAACUGAUGAGCGGAGUCGGUUUCGACUCAAUUGUUGAAGCAUUACAGUACGCCCAUGACUUGAAGAAAUACGUGUUUAGACUGUAUGAAGUUCGUAAGAACGGCAUCGAAACCUUUCACGGAGGGAAGAUAUUUCAUAGACUUCGGGCACAGCGACUGUCCAAAAUUCGUGACAAACGGGCUGAUCAAUUUAAUUCUCAGUGGGAGUGGAAGCAAUUAAUGCCGAGUUCAAUACCUGCUGCCACAUCGAGCAAUCCACUGGCCAAUUUAAUUUUAGUUAAUGCGGGCGUCAAGCGAAAAUCAACGCCGUUAGACAUUUUAGGCUUACCCAGCUACGACAAACUGAACGAAGAGGAGAAGGAGUUGUGCAGCACUAUACGCUUGGUACCUACCGCAUAUUUAUCGUACAAAUCAAUGUUAAUGUCGGAAAAUACAAAGUCUAAUAAUCUCAGAUUAGCGGAUGCAAGGCGGUUGAUCAAAAUCGAUGUGAAUAAGACUAGACAAUUGUACGACUUUCUGUUGAAAUCAGGUUUUAUAAAUAAACCGGAAACGUAGUUUGAA